GCAACAAACGAGGCAGCAUUGCGAUUGAGUCUACUCCAACUACGAAUGGGAGAGUUCGGGCUCGUAUGACGUCGGGGGAGUCUUCGAAGAGGCACAUUGAGGUGGGCCUGAAAGGAAUUGUGGAGCAUCAUCAGAUGGAAGUGCAGACUUUGCAGGCUCUGCGUAUCAGCGAGAUGAAUGCGCGUAAGGAAUCGGAGGUUGAGAUUGAUAAGUUGAAGGAAUCACUUGCUCGAUUGGAGAUGGAGAAGUGCACGGGGGUGAAAGGGACUAACCUUAAGUCAAAAAUGGAUGAAGUCGCCGGUAGAAGAGAUGAUACCAAUGAACCAGGACCGUCGGGUCGAAAGAACAAGGAGAAGUCGGUACCUAAUCCUGCUAUGCAGGCUGUUGAUAAGGAUGCGUUCGCUGUGGCCAAUCGACGAGAUCUACGAGGGAAAAACAAGGAACUGAUUAUGUCAAUUUGCAAGAACGAAGGUGUGGUGUACACCAUGCUGGAACCAACGAAGGAGGCGAUAGUUCACGCAAGGUUGGCGAAGGCUUUCGGUGUGGAACCCGGGAAGAACGAUAAAGGAAAGGGCGUUUUACCUGUUGAAGUGUCUGAUGAUGGUAAUGAAUCGAACGUUCGGGAGGACCAUGAUGAUGAGACCGUGUCUUAGCAUCCCUCCCGAACACGGCUUCUUUGUGGAAAUUAGUGCGUCUCUGCUGCAGGCUUCGUUCU